GAUUUCCUAACACAGAAGGAAGAGACACACAGAGAGAGAUAGCAGGGUACUGAGUGGAGAGUGGGCUGUGCUGUCUGAGCUGUUUCAACACCUACAGAAACUGGAAAUUAAACUUUUUUUUUUUUUUUUAAACUACUAGCCUUCUUAAGGCUACACUGGACUGAACUGUUACGAGACUUUGCCGCACAUCUCAGGAGUGACUAUUUCUUGCGCUUUUUCUCUGUUUAUUUUUUUUUUUUCUUUUACUCGGCUCCCAACUGCGAAGAGGGAGAGAGGAGGAAAAAAGAGCUGAGUUUGCUUUAAAGUGAAUCGGAGGACCAAGGAGAGAGAGAGGGAGAGAGACAGAGCAAGUACACCGCUCUCCCCCCCUCUGUAAGCGGGCAGCAUGGUGCAGAAAAUGAGCCACACGGAGAGCACCGCCGAGGCGCUGUCCUUUUUCGCCGGGGACUCGAGCUCCGACUCCGGGGCGUGCAUGGACCUGGACCCGGCCGCCUCGCCUCUCUCACCUGGCUCCACGGCUUCCUCCACCGCCGGGGACAAGCUCGGGGAGAACCCGGCAUGGUGUAAGACUCCCAGCGGCCACAUCAAGAGACCCAUGAACGCGUUCAUGGUGUGGUCGCAGAUCGAGAGGAGGAAGAUCAUGGAGCAGUCCCCGGACAUGCACAACGCGGAGAUCUCCAAGAGGCUGGGGAAGCGGUGGAAGCUGCUCAGAGACAGCGACAAGAUCCCCUUCAUCAGAGAGGCGGAGCGGCUCAGGCUCAAGCACAUGGCGGACUACCCCGACUACAAGUACCGGCCGAGGAAGAAGGUAAAAUCGAGCGCCUCUAAGCCCGGCAGCGGGGACAAGGCGGAGAAACUCAGCGGUAGCUCCAACAACACCAGCACUAAGACGUCCUCGUCUUCGAGGAAGAGUGGAUCCAAAUCACCCAGCAGCAGCAGACCCCACAAAUCACUUUUCGGGAGCAGCAGCAGUAGCACCAAAGCAUCACCGUUUGCCUCUGAGCACCCGUCAGAGCACCACCACACCUCCCUCUACAAGUCGAAGUCCGUCUCUUCAGCGGCCAAGCAGAUACCGGAUGGCAAGAAGCCCAAGCGGGUGUACGUCUUCGGGAGCAGCGGGGCCAACUUGAGCGUCAGCCCCGCGUCCUCCGUCGUGGUCCCGGCCAGCCCGACGCUCAGCAGCUCGGCGGACUCCAGCGACCCGCUCAGCCUGUACGAUGACGCGGCCAGCGGCAGGGAGGACGGCGCAGACUCCCCCGGCAGCAGCAGCAGCCCGGCCGGGUCCUCGGCGCGCCACGGCGGGCACACAUACAGCAGUCGGCGGGCUUCCUCCCCGACCCCCUCCGGCUCCCACUCCUCCGCCUCGUCCCACUCGUCCUCCUCCUCUUCCUCGGAGGACGAAGAGUUCGAGGACGACUUGCUCGACAUCAACCCGAGCCCCAGCUUCGACAGCAUGUCACUGGGGAGCUUCGGCUCCUCGGUGCUAGACAGGGACUUGGAUUUGAACUUUGAGUCCGGCUCCGGGGGCUCCCACUUCGAGUUCCCCGACUACUGCACGCCCGAAGUCAGCGAGAUGAUCUCCGGGGACUGGCUGGAGUCCACCAUCUCCAACCUGGUGUUCACGUACUGAGAGGGGCAAAGCGAGAAAGACGACAGGUGUCUCUGCGAGCAAAAAGAAAGAGGAAAACACACAACAACGACGACAAAAACAACAACAACACGACCACAAACACAAUCAGGAGUUCCUGGUCACAGCGUGCGUAAUCGUUCGUGUUUUAACUGCGCCAGACUAGCAGCCUAAAAACUCCCCCACUGAAACUACCCCCUCGCCCAGAUAGGCAAGAGCUGCAAAAAAUCCAUGGAAAGCUAAACUUUAAAAAAGGCGAGUAAGUUUGCUUUUUGUACUUUUCUGCGGAUGCGUGGACCGGCGACUCGGUUUGAGCCACAGAAGCGGAGGGAGCGCAGGGAGGAGAGGAGGAGAGGGGGUGAGGAAGGAAGGAGGAAGAAGAAGAAGGAGAAGGAGAGAGUGGCUGAGUGUCUCUCGCUCAGUCCUGAACUGUUUUCUGAACUGAACAACCUAACUGUGAUUGAUUUGCACGUUACGCGGUCCGCCGUUCACUUAAUCAAUGUUGUCGCUGAUUUAAAAAAAAAAAACAAAAAAAACAAAAGGGACAUUUCAUAACUUUUUACCAACCGCCAAGUGAACUUCACCACUCACAAAAGGUACAGAAAUCGGACUGUCGUGCGACAUUUUUUAUUGUGGUGUGUCACCGAG